AUGGCCAAUAGCCCAUCCUCCACUAUGGAAUCCUCAGUUGCGAAUACACCACCCUCAGCAUGGGAUGUUGAAGAAGUCGAUUACAAGACCCUCAUGGAGGAUGAGAUAGUGAUAGCAGUGAUGGGUGUCACGGGCGCUGGGAAGAGCCACCUUAUACGGCAAGUCACAGGACGCAACGAAAUUGCCGUCGGGGACGGUUUAGAAUCUUGCACCGACAAAAUAGCUUCCUACCGAUUCAAACACGACGGUCUAAACAUCACCCUCGUCGACACCCCGGGAUUCAACGAUACCUACCGCACGGACACGGAUGUCCUCCUCGAUAUAGCAACAUGGAUGGAAUUCAGCUACCGGGAGAACUUCAAACUCUCGGGAAUAAUCUACCUACACCCCAUAUCCGCCGUUAAAAUGGAGGGCUCGGCGCUCAGAAACCUACGCAUGUUCCGGAAACUCUGCGGAGAGGAUGCCCUCAAUCAUGUAUUCCUUGCGACAACCCAUUGGAAAAACGUCCCCGAAGAGCUCGGCCGCAGGCGCGUCAAAGAAUUGAGAGAGAACCCGGAGUUCUGGAAGGGAAUGCUGAGUCGUGGCGCUAAAGUUGCCAAGUACCUUGGUGAUAGAGAGUCCGGUUUGGACCUCAUCGACGUGCUCGUCAAGAUGGGCCGCGUGACGUUGGGGAUUCAACACGAGAUCGUGAAUGAGGGUAAGGAAUUAUACGAGACUGCGGCCGGGGAAGCGGUGAACGCGGAGCUCGCGCGGUUGCAGAGGAACCAUGAGACGGCUUUGAAUGCUGUGAAGGCGGAGUGGAUGCAGGCGUUGAGGGACAAGGAUGAGGAGCUCAAAGAGGUUCUCUCCGAGGAGAGACAGAGGAUUGAAGAGAAAUUGGCCCAGGUGGAGAAUGAUAGGGAGAAUUUGAGAAGGGAGAGGAGGCGCGAAAUUAGAGAGCAGGAGGACGAGUGGCAUAGGCGGGUCAAGAACAUGGAGGGAGCGCAGCAGAAAGAACGCGAGGAGUUUCAACAACGAUUCAGAGAACUACAAGCUUCUGUUAGAGAUGGAGAAAGUAGGAUCCCCUGGAUGUCGCUGAUAGAUUUGGUGGCAAAGGGGUUUGUUCAUUUCAUGAAUUCUAGGGGAUAGUUCUCUUUUUUCUUAUUGUCUCUAUUCUGGCUUGUGUUCUAGCAAUUUUACCCCUCUCGGAUCCUU